AUGGCAUUUGCUCAAAGGGAAGGCUCUCUCGACGUUAUAUUAACUCAAUCUUAUAAAUUCAGAUCUCGAGAGUUACUUUUACCUUCUUGGUCCCUUAACUGGAUAUCUUCAUCAUGCUGGAACGCCACAUCCAAAUUUAUUUUAGAAAGGGCAGAGAAGAUUAAGCGCAUAGAAAAUGUCGAUUCUGGACAUGAAAUUCGAAAGUUGCACACUCGAAGCUACAAUGGAAAAUGGUUAAAUCUCAUGGGAACACAACUGGGUACUGUUCAAGAUACUGUAUGGACGACAAACCCACGAAUGCGUCUGACUUCGGGCCACGCUUUUCAACAGCCUGAUCAUUUACGGGUCGAACAGAUAACCUAUAGCAAAGCUCACAUAUUGAAUUCGUUGUCUUUAUGUUUCCGUCAAGAAGAUUUCGAAAGGAAAGAUGAGGGCAUCAUAGGACUUCUUUGGUAUGCAUUUUAUUGCGUUCAGUUUAAAAGGGUCACCAAGGGGAUGCUACCACCCCGAAACAUCGAAUCUCGAUCAAAGUAUGCCUCAAAGCCAUUCCUAAUGCACGGAAAGACCUUGAAUCAAUGGGCCCUUUAUAGCAAAAAAGAGAUUUGGAAAAAACAGCACUUCGGUUGGUAUUUUCAACAUCGUAGACUCACAUAUUUUUUGAUCAUCCUUAUGGGAGUUCUGCCCAUUGUUUUUUUGGUUCCGCGCCACAGCCAGAAGUCUGUAGUUUUUGGUAUCGGAAUUAUAUGGGUUUUCGUACUAUCCUUGGUGCUGAUAGUUGCAUUAGUGGGUGCAGGAUACGCCGUGAAGAGUGGCAACGACCAGAAGGCCGAGAUUCUUAAGAUUUUUGGCAACAAAAUGAACUUGGUGAAUUCAUAUGGACCUUGGGAGGAGACAUUGAAAAUUACUGUUUGUAAGAAUGGACUUUUAGCCAUGACUGCUGAAGGUACCAUGGAGGGAGAUGUCAUUUGUUAUCUGGCUGGCUGUAAGCAUCAAGUUGUGUUGAGGAUGGAGAAGGAAUUAGGGAAGUGGAGAGUUAUUGGUAGGGCAUUUGUACCAGUUCAGGAUAUUGAACGAGUCAUACAGCAGAAGAAUGGAAAGAAUUACUCUGGAAAGCUGAGGGUGAUGGAGGAAGAGUUUACACUGGUGUAA